UUCUGGGGUUUAUAAAUGCAUAGGUAACGCCGUUGAAUGCCGGGAGGCAGUUUUGUGUGGCACUUUGUACUUCUGGUAUCUGAAUUUUGGUCAAAUUCCGGAGACUUUUGUCCGGGGUCUGUACAACGCCUAAUGACACUCGCUCUGCCUCUUCCUUCGCGCUGCCUCCUGCUGCCUGGCGACAUCCUCGCGCCACGAAAUAUACUUUUUCUCGACGGGCUCCGUAAUACGGUUAUUGUCGUCUUCCUCGUCCUCGUCGUCUUCCUCGUCCUCGUCGUCUUCCUCAUCCUCGUCAUCUUCAUCGUCAGACUCCGCCACGCGGAGCUCCUUGACUGUAGGUGGUGGGCUGUAACCAUGUACGCGUUAUCAAUGAGCGGUACAUUCUCUGGGAGAGCGGGGUCGAACCGGCCGAGAACGUGAGCGUCAGGGGGCGGCGGGAUUUUGUCCAAGUCAGCGUAUGUGGGCUCGCUCAAUCCGUCAGACAAGAGCCUCCACUGCGUCAGGAGGAUAGCGCGACACAGCUGACCGACAUCGCCUCGCAGUGGAGGGGGUUCGAUUGCGGUAGUGGGGGUCGUGGUGGGGAGCGUGGGGAGCGCGGGUAUCGCUUUAAUGGCGUCAAUAGCCUGGCGUUAGGACAUACUACAUGCGGGGCGCAGGGGGGUCACGCUGGGGUACCGCUGGGGGCUCGAAACGGCAAGACUCUGACGAUUCGGUCAGAGACUGCAAGCUAGACUGCGAGCCUGCGAGAAUCGGACGCGACACUCGGUGGAGGAUAUGAAACUUACGGCAUCGUACGCCUUCUUGAUAUAGAGGUCAACGACAAAC